UCAAUGGCUAGAAGAGGCUCAAGUCCUUUGUAGGAUACAGAACAAGAUAAACCCUUUCAGAAGUGGCAAUUACUAUUCUAGCUAAAAGUGGGACGGACAGCAAAAAUGUGGACAAAGGCUUUUUAUUUUGAAGCUUCGAUUGCUCCGAGUUCCGAUUGGCCGCGCUGUCCUUCAUUCUCGCUCUUUGUUUAUCUUCCGCUCAGUAUAGGGGUUCGUGCGUACCGAGCAAGGGAGCCGAAUGCUACAAUUAUCUUAGCCGCCCCUCAAGAAGCUGGGCAUGGCUUGGCGAUAAUCCCAGGAAGAGAGGCCGAGAUGGGUUGUGGUGCUUUGCUAAUUCAAUAGUUUCAAACGACGGGUUGAAAAAUCCUAGCGAACACCAUGGAGAAGCUU